CCAAAGGAAACAAUGGCUAGCAGCCGAGGCACAUUCCUGUUUGCGGCACUCGGCGUUCUGUCCGUCCUAUCACUUCCAGACGCAGCGCGCAGCUGGGCGGACGGCGGCGCGACGUGGUACGGGGGACCUUACGGUGAUGGCAGCGAAGGUGGCGCGUGCGGCUAUAAAAGCGAUGUCGGCCAGGACCCGUUCUCGUCGAUGAUCGCCGCCGGCGGACCGUCCCUCUUCAAGAACGGCAAAGGCUGCGGUGCAUGCUACCAGGUUAGGUGCAAAGAAGACCCGGCCUGCUCCGGCAAGCAUGUGACCGUCGUCAUCACCGACUCCUGCCCCGACGGGACAUGCCAAAAGGAGAAGGCGCACUUCGACAUGAGCGGCACCGCCUUCGGCGCCAUGGCCAAGCCCGGGAUGGCCGAUAAGCUCCGUAACUCCGGAGUCCUCAAGAUCGAAUUCGACAGGGUGCCGUGCAAGUACAACGGCAAGAAGAUCAGCUUCAAGAUGGACUCGGGCGCCAACCCAUACUACCUCGCAAUGCUGAUCGAGUACGAGGCCGGCGACGGGGACCUCGCCUCCGUGGAGGUCAUGGAGGCCGGCGGCAGCAAGGGCAGCGCCAAGUGGAUGCCGAUGCGGCAGUCGUGGGGCGCCUUGUGGUGUCUCGAUUCCAAGAGCGGGAAGCCUCUGCAGGCCCCGUUCUCGUUCCGGCUCACUUCGGGCUCCGGCAAGGUGCUCGUCGCGAACAACGUCGUCCCCACCGGGUGGAAUGCAGGGAAGGCCUACCAAGCCAACGUGAACUACGCCGCCUAAGGGCCUGUUUGAGGCCACCGUUGGAUGGAGUUUGAAUGUUUGAUCAAAUACAAAGACGGAGCUGGGAGCACGGGCACGCUAGCCCCUAGCUAAGUACCGGAAUUUGAGAACUGCAAUAAGUCAAUCAGAUACCUGAUUUGGAUAUAUAUUAUGGAACUAUAAGGAACGUGCUGUUUGAAAACCGCAAAUUCUCCACAGUUGUGAAGUCAAACAACCGAUACAAUACACACUUAUAAAUGUUGAUCUGCAUUUUACUCCCCUGAACUAAUCAUGGGAUUCGGAUUACAACUCUGAAUUUUGAUUUGCUUCAGGUUACCUCCAUCCACAAUCCCUCUAUCCCUCGACUCUCAAAACCAUUCUAGUACCCUCUCUAGCUAAAUUGAUUGAUUUGGACUC